CCGGCCGGCUGUGCCUCGGUACGCCUCGGCUGCGCUCCGGCCUCCCCUGCUUGCUCUGCCGUCACAGUUCCGCGGGAGAAGGCGCCCGACGGCGGGAACAACAACGGGCGGCAGGAAGUGAGGGGCCGCUGCGCUCCGCUCGCCGUGUUAUGCGAGAGCGCUCCCGCCCCCGGGGCCGACGAGAGGCGGGCAGCGGCGGGAGCGCGGGCAGGGCGGUGUCGCCGCGGAGAGAGCGGCGGGGGGGCACGGCGGCGGGCAGCGGCCGCAGGCUGGCGAUGGAGGAAGGGGCAGCAGACCUGCGACAGAGAAAGAAUCAAAACUGCACAGAAUCUGACAAAAUGGCUCCAGAGGAGAGAAACAAAGAAAACUCAAAGCUGGGAAGAUCGCCAAAAUAUAUAUUAAUUCAACGUUUUGCGAAACUUUUCUUUGGCUGUGUUGCAGCAGUCACUAGUGGAAUGAUGUAUGCUGUGUACCUCUCAACAUAUCAUGAACGGAAAUUCUGGUUUUCCAGCAGGCAGGAACUUGAACGAGAAAUUACAUUUCAGGGCGACAGCGCCAUUUAUUACUCAUUCUAUAAAGAACUGCUAAAGGCUCCUUCCUUUGAAAGAGGUGUUUAUGAGUUGACACACAACAAUAAGACAAUAUCGCUGAAGACAAUAAAUGCAGUCCAGCAAAUGACUUUGUACCCUGAGUUGAUUGCCAGUGUUUUAUAUCAAGCGUCUGGUAGCGAAGAAGUUAUUGAACCAGUGUAUUUCUACAUUGGUAUAGUUUUUGGACUGCAGGGAAUUUAUGUGACUGCAUUGUUUGUAACCAGUUGGGUUAUGAGUGGGACUUGGCUGGCAGGAAUGCUGACUGUAGCAUGGUUCAUUAUUAACAGGACAGAUACAACAAGAAUUGAUUACUCCAUACCAUCAAGGGAAAAUUGGGCUUUGCCAUAUUUUGCAUGUCAAGUAGCAGCUCUCACAGGCUAUUUAAAAAAAACCCUAAAUUGUUCUGCUGAGAAGUUUUGUUACCUUUUGGUGAGUGCUUCAACAUAUACCUUCAUGAUGAUGUGGGAAUACAGUCAUUAUCUCCUGUUUGUCCAGGCUGUUUCUCUUUUUCUACUAGACAGCUUUGCCCUGGCACAGACAGAGAAGGUGCAUGAAGUAUACAAAAUCUACUUAUUUUCUCUCUUCUUGGGGUACCUUUUACAGUUUGAAAAUUCAGCCUUACUGGUGUCACCAUUACUGAGCCUUGUAGCAGUUUUAAUGCUCUCUAAAUGCCUUCAGAUGAAUAUGAAAAAGGGUACAUUUAUGUCAAGAUUGCUGAAAAUAAUGUACAUUUAUUUGGUUCUUACAAUAACAGUGACACUAAACUUCUUACUAAAGAUGUUUGUUCCCCAUAAAGAAAAUGAGCAUUUGCUGAAGUUCAUUGAAGUAAAACUUGGCUUAAACACAACUAAGAAUUUCACAAUGAAUUGGCUCCUUUGUCAAGAAUCUCUUCAGACACCCUCCCAAGACUUUUUUUUGCGACUAACACAGUCAUCACUGUUGCCUUUCUAUAUUUUUGUAUUCAUUAUCUGCCUUUUUUCUGUAACUCAGGUCAUUUUUAGGAGAAUUUGUGGUGAACCACUGAAAGAGACAGUUAAUCUUGAGGAUGGUCGAAUUGGAGAGAGGCCAGAAAUAGUUUAUCAUGUAAUUCACACAAUUUUACUUGGUUGUCUAGCGAUGUGUUUGGAAGGAAUGAAAUAUCUAUGGACACCUUAUGUUUGCACACUUGCUGCGUUUGGUGUGUGUUCUCCUGAACUUUGGAUGACACUUUUCAAGUGGCUUCGACUGAAAGCUGUGCACCCGAUAUUGCUGGCUCUUACUCUGAGCAUGGCAGUUCCCACAAUAAUUGGAUUCAGCUUGUGGAAAGAGUUUUUCCCUAGGAUAAUGACAGAGCUUUCUGAACUACAAGAAUUCUAUGAUCCCGAUACAGUAGAACUCAUGACAUGGAUAAAACGACAAGCUCCUGUGGCUGCUGUGUUUGCAGGCAGCCCACAGUUAAUGGGUGUGAUUAAGCUUUGUACCGGAUGGAUGGUGUCGAGCUUGCCUUUAUAUAAUGAUGAUGAUCUUCUAAAAAGAAAUGAAAAUAUUUAUCAGAUCUAUUCAAAGAGAUCAGCAGAGGAUAUUUAUAAGAUACUCACAUCUUACAAAGCCAAUUUUCUGAUUAUUGAAGAUUCAAUUUGCAAUGAAGUGGGACCUGUAAGAGGAUGUAGAGUUAAAGAUCUAUUGGAUAUUGCUAAUGGUCAUGUGGUUUGUGAGGAAGGCGACAGUUAUGCCUCCUCAAAAUAUGGACGAUUUUGUCAUGAAAUUAAAAUGAACUAUUCUCCUUAUGUGAACUAUUUUACUCGAGUAUACUGGAAUAGGUCCUACUUUGUAUAUAGAAUCAACACUGUGAUAUCCUUCCAGUCGUGAAAAAGCAUACAAGCUUCUUUCCGAGGAUUGAUUGUGAAUGAAUUACAGUUGGAAAAGUUCAUUUUGAUCAAGAAAGUUGUUUUUGGAGAUACAUGUGCGCACAUGGAGUGUACUGACAACUUUAUUUUACCAACCUGGAAUUCUUUGAACUACAGAUCAACAGACACAGAUGCCAUCCUUGAAGCAAAGAGAAAAAAAUUGUUAUUUUUAUGCCCUCUACAAAGUGGGACAGUCUUCCAUGUUUUUGCAUUCUUCUUCCCAUUACAAAUCCUAUUAUGUGCAUGUAGAUGAGAUUUCUAACUUUAGUGUUAGAGAACUGAUGUGGGUAGACCAGUAAAUGCAGAAAAAUAUUUAAAGAUCUCAUUUAAGUCAUAUAGCUUUUCUUUUCUGUCAAGAAAGUGGUUGGCACCCUGAGUCUUUUCAAGUAAAACUGUUUAAGUUUUUUUGUUGUUUUUUGUUGUUUUAAUUCUUCCUGUCUUCCACUGUAAACUUUUUUGUAUUUAUCAAACACUCAUUCAUACAUCUUAUGUGUAGGUAGAGUGUUUUUAUAGAUCAAAUAAGGAAGAUUUUAUUUAAACAACACUUUCAUAGAUUAAAGCACUGAUCUCUGAUGUUGGAGAUGUUGGUGGAAGUGCUUGGACUUAGACCUAGGAAUUUAUAAGGUCAGAUCUUCAGUUGGGAAAUAACUUGUCUUCAGGACUUUUCCAUUCCUAAAUGUGUGUGUGUGUAUGCGUGUGUGUCUGAGCAGCCAGCAAAAUGGGCCAGUAUACAACUGUAUGCCAGACUUGUUUUUAGAGAGGUGUAGCAGAACAAUGAGGUUUGCUACUGAGACUUCUGCACUUCAGGUCCACCCCAUGUGUGUGCUGGUAUGCACACGUGUGUGUAUGGGCAGGGAUGGGUGAUAUUCCUUCACUUCAACUUGUUAUGUGGUAAUUAUAUUAAGAUAGCACCACAACUGUUAUUUAAAACACUAUAGUCGCCACCAUUAAUAAAUAAUGGUACAGUUUUGCAUAGCUAUUUUUAUAUCAAUUGAGCAAGUACACGGAAGUCUUUGAAAAUUUGCGAAAGUACUCUGCAAUCUUUCUUUCCUUUAAAAUUUGUCUUCCUUAUAUGACCCCCUUUUUUCUUAACUGUUUUUCUUAUCUGUUCAUUGUGUAUGUUGCUGGCUGAUAUACAUUCAAGAGAAUGACUGAUGCUUUAAUUCUAGCUCUGGGCCUAAUCGUGAUGUUGUGUAUGGAAAAUCCAAUAACAGGUAACAGUAACUUUGCUUACAUCGGUGUAGCUGGAUGAAAAGCCAGGACAUAAGUUUUGGAAGAGGUUAUUCACCUGUUAGGAGUUACCUGCAGUUACAGAUUCUAACACCUGGUCCAGAGACCAGUCUGUUGGGCAUGUGGGAAUGAUUCUUUGGAGCCUGGAUGUCUUUAAUGAACGACCCAGCCUAACAGAUGAACCUUACCUGAAAAAUCUGCAAACCAUUCUGCAAGUGAAAGCUGCAAAAUGAUCCUUACUGCACUGACUGAUAAAAUGCGAAUUCAGAAUUUCUAACUCUGAAGGAACUGCAGCAUGUUGGUGUAUAUGUGAGAUUCCUAUCUGCUCGAUACAGAUACAUUUGCUUACUUUACACUAACAGGUAGUGCUGAGAUUUUUUUUUUAUACCUAUUAUCACUAUUGGAGUGAUUUAAAAGAAAAAAAGCUUUAUUGUUGUAAAAGUCAACAUAUCUGUAAUCUGUUUUUCACUUUCAGUUAUAUUAUUAGGCAUAUGAGUCUUGACAAGAUGUUAAAUUAUCCGUUCUAUUUGAAACCAAUGUUCAGAUAAAUCCAUCAAAUAUACUGGAUGUGAUCAUUGAGACAAACAUUUAUCAGUAUAACUGAGUUACAGGUAAGAAGUAAAUAUCCUUUCUGGGGAUCUAGUCAUUGUGUUGAGGACAGUAUGUAUGUGUGUCCAGCCAAAUGCCGUCUGCAUUUAUUUGCUUAUGCACAAGUACAUGUGUUUUACUGCACUGAACUGUUUCAGAUUUUCAGUUACCAUGUAACAAGAGCAGCUGGUGUAUUAACCUGAGCUAUGGAAGGCUGGCAGGAACCUGCGCUGUGUGUGCUAGUAUAGAUGCAGAUAUGAUACUUGGAAUUAACCUCAGAGUUCCUGAUGCAGUUUAAGUUUGUUUGAAUCACUGUCAAGAAAUCACGUGUCAGUGUGUGGGUUACUUACUCGUCUGAAGUUAAUAAUUCAUUAAUACCAUUUCAUAACAGCAAUAAGGCAUUCCAGGUAGCAAACUUCAGAGUCCCAACUGCACUUGGGUGGACGAAGUCGCGUAGCUUACAGCUUCAGGCCUUAGACUGCCAUGCCAAGGUGCAACAUUUACUGUCUUUGGCUGCCUCUUGUUUUAUCACCAUGCUGGAUGUAUGUGUUACCACAUAGAACAUAGUUUGAAUACUUACAUGCAGAGUACACAUUAAGAAAACCACAAACAAGGCAAUCCAUACGUCUAAGAAAACUGUCUUGUAGGACGUUGGCCUUUAUACAUGUUUAAACAAACAUGUUGAACUUUAUUUGAACUGUGACAUAGUUGUUAUUAUUAGUUUUGUCAUGGUUUUUAAGAUGUAUUCUUGAUACUUCAAUUGAUUCUGCUUUAGGAGAAUCAUUUAAGAUUUUUACCUUGCUUUUUAUAAUAGAGAAAAUUGUAUUGCAGCACCAUUGGCACAGCAGCCUUAACUAACAAGAGGGGCCUUUUAUGUUGGAGAGACACUUCUCUUGUUCCAGUAAAAAGGUGUCACGUUUAACAUGAGUGACUAAAAUAAUCAUAUCUUAGAAAGUGAUAAACUUGAAUUUCUUAUCCAGCUAUGAAUUAGCAAAAAUAUUAUUCUGUAUUCUGAUCUCCACCUUCUGUGAAAAAGAAACAGCAAGUUUUGUGAUAUCCCUCAGAAGGACAGUAAGCAGGGCAUAAUUUUGUUGGAUGUGUACGCACAACCCUAGCCUGGUUUUCAACCAGAUCACAGGUUUAACUCCUUGAAAGGUCUGGGGGAAUGUAGUGCAAAUGUUGAUCUGUUUUGCUGUAGAUGUUGCAAUUCAGUUGAAACAUGUGCCUUGCAAGCUUUUAUUAAACAAACAAAGACCACAACUGGUGUUUCUUUUCGUGAAGAUUUUUUUUCUUAAAUUCCUGUCCCUCUGAUUUCUAGAGCUUCCAUUAGGACUUAAAUAUCCCAGCCUUCAAGAAUGCUUGCACAGUAAGUAGUGCAGCCAGGACGUCUGCCAGCCAUCUGAUUAACAGCUGUUCACUGGGAAGAAUGAGAAUUUGCAUAGCAAUUUGUGUUGCUAUUUUGCUGGCUUAUUUCCUCCUUCACACUUCCAGUUUCUGAUAUGCUUGAUCUUAGUAAAUGCAAAAAAAAUACCUUCAAAUAAUAAAUUGAGUAUAGUAUUUUCAGGCACUCACCUGUUAACUGUUAGACUUGUGGAUUAAAGUUUAGUCAAGCCACAGCUAAACUGACAUGUACAGUUUUGUCUUAAGCUUUAAAAAAAAAAAUGCCCUUUCACGUCCUGAACUACCAGAUACUCAAAGUCAGUUGAUAGAUUCAUCAGAAGAUAUUUGAGGCUAAUUAAGUACAGGCAUUUCAGAACAUAAGCUUCUAUUCAUAUUAUUUAAAAAAUACUGGGUUUAUUUCUUCCAAAGUAAAUGGAAAUACAAUUUAAUACAAUACAACCAUAAAUGCAACUUCUUUUGGGGGGGUAAGGAGGAGAUACACCAAUAUGGAAGAGGACCAAAAGGUUUAAGAGGCAUUGAAAAUUCUUCAAACUAUUGCUCUGGUGGCAUUACUGUUUACUGAAAUGUGGAAGAUUAGGGACCAAAUCUUGUUCUUACUACCUUAUUUUUACUAAGUCGUCUGCAAAUGUCCAGACCUUGUGACCCUCCACCUGCUUUCCCAUGUGAUUCACAUGAACAGGAGCUGCAAGAUCAGGUCAUAGGGUCCUGGAGAUUUAAGUUGUCAUUGAAACUUGUCUUAAUGACCAAUGUUAACUUUGUGUAACCUGUCCUUUAACCAACUAUCUAUGAAUAACAGGGGACAGCACAGGCUGUUCGUGUGAAUGCCUGGGCAUGCGUGUUGUAUUUGCAUUUAGAGAUGUCUGGUUUACUGUUUUGUUUUGGAGAUGUAAUGAGUAACUUAUUUUAUCUCUAAUGGUGGUUGAAUCUAUAAAUCUCCUGAAUGUUGAUGGGCAGGUGGACUCUAGACUAUUAUGGUAUCAGAGAUGAAAGAAAACCUGAGUUUAUUCCAACACAGGCAAUAUUUCAUGUGAAACAAUACCUCAGCAUAAAUCUGUAUAAUGCCUUCAGUACUCUUUUUAAAAACUUAAAUUUAGCAGGGAAAAAGAAGUGAGAAUUCUAGAACUUGCAGUAUGUGCUAUUUUAGUAAGAAUUUCUACUUCCUUAGUAUAGCUGAAAAAAUACCACCAUUAUGUUGCUGCACUCUCACUAUGCCAAAAGCAGAGCUGGCAAUGCCUAAAGGUCUUCUCAAUUGUUUGGUACCUUGACUAGAUGUUUAAAUGUGUAAUUAAUCUGGCAAUGAUUCAAUUUCAACACAGUUAAAUGUAUGUCAUUCUGCCUUUCAAGUGAUGCUUAAAAUUACCUGUUUUUUGAUGGAGAAGAGAGGAGUGUUUAAUGCCUUUCAAAUUUUCAAACUUUGUUACUUCAGGAAUGCAGAAGGAUUAUUGUUGGUUCUUUACUUGUUAUCAGUGGCAUUUAGCAGUAGUGUAUAUGGCAUGUGGACAUAUCUACGUGCAGGUUUUUAAUAACAAAUCUAAUGAAUCCAAUUCCUUUUAUCCUGUUUGUUGUCUUGGUCAGUUUUUUAAUUGAAAUAAUGUGUACAUAGUAAAUAUUUUUCUCUUGUGACAAACUUUCUCUGUGGGGAAAAAAAAGUAAUAAAAGCCAAGUCCAGAAAGUAUGGAUUGUUUGGGACACUACCCCCUUUAUGCUUUCUUUUGAGAAAUCUGCUACCUUUUCCCAUAAACCAUGUAGUUCAUAAUGAAUUAACCUCUUUCCUCUGUUGUGGUAAUAAAAUGAUUUUUGUA